AUGGAUUCCUCGACACUAUUCGUGUCCUUAGUGGCGUUGCCGUUGGGCCUGCUGGCUUUGCGCACUGUGUACCAUCUGUACUUCCAUCCUCUGUCCAGGUUCCCCGGUCCAAAACUCGCUGCUGCAACCUCUCUCUAUGAAUUUUAUUAUGAUGUAAUUAAGAGCGGCAUGUAUAUCUGGGAGAUUGAGCGCAUGCACGAGAAAUAUGGCCCUAUCGUACGCAUCAGUCCACAUGAAAUUCACAUCAAAGACUCAAACUACUAUGACGAAAUUCAUGCCGGCGCCUCGCGCAAACGCUCCAAGGACCCUAGAUACGCUAUAGCCUUCGGCGCGCCUUACUCCCUUGUAGGAACAAUAAGCCACGAUCACCACCGCUUCCGCCGCGGUCUGCUGAGCAACUACUUCUCCAAGCGCUCGGUGGUAGAUCUUGGCCCGUCCAUCGACGAUAAAGUCGACAAGCUGAUCGCGCGCUUCGAACAAGCCUAUCAAGCCGGCGAGGUGCUGCAUAUACAUCUAGACUUCGCUGCUCUGACCGCAGAUGUCAUCACAGACUACUGUUAUGGCUGGAGCUACGGCUACCUAGAUACCGAGAAGGGAUCACGGAGUAACGACCUCGUCGACGCUGUGAAUGGACUGAUGGUCAUGUUCCACAUUAACCGGUUCUUCCCAUUCCUUAUCACCAUUUUCAGGAACACGUCGCCUACCCUGCUACGCUGGCUACAGCCGCAAAUGGCAGAUUUAUUCGAUCUGAAGGCCAGGCUUAGACAGCAAGCGAGUGAUACUCUGCAGAAGCAGAGUCUGCGAAAAAUUGAUUCCGAGGCGAGGCCGACUAUAUUUGAUGCGUUGACGAAUUUAGAGUUGCCUGAGAGCGAAAGAACGCUUGAUCGUCUGGAGGACGAGUCUGCGCUGCUACUUGGCGCUGGUACGGAGACUACGGCUAGGUCGAUUACUGUUGCGAUAUUUCAUCUCAUCAACAAUCAGGAUAUUUUGGCGAAGCUGCGGGCGGAGUUGAAGACGGUGCUGCCGACACCGCGCUCCAAGGCUUCAUGGGUGGAUUUGGAGCAACUACCAUACUUGACGGGUGUCGUUAAUGAAGGUCUGCGUCUCAGCCAUGGCAUGACGGCCCGAUUGGCUCGUGUUUCACCGACUGAGUCCAUGCUCUACCAGGAUUGGACUAUCCCUGCAGGUACUCCGGUCAGUCAGUCGAACUACUUUGUCCAUAUGGAUCCCACGCUCUUCCCUGAGCCGAAGAAAUUUGACCCGGAGCGUUGGAUCCGCGCUGCGGAGAAGGGAGAGUAUUUGAGUCGGUAUAUUGUCUCGUUUACCAAGGGCAGUAGACAAUGUCUGGGAAUGAACCUGGCCUAUGCGGAAAUCUACUUAUCUUUGGCGCAUAUUGCUCGUCGCAUCGAGUUUGCGCUACACCAAACUACUGCUGACAAUAUCUGUGUUUAUCGUGAUAUGGGAAUUGGAUGUCCGGAGGUUGGUAUGUUUGGUGUGAGGGCUACUGUGGAGGGUCUUAUCAAGGAGUAA